AUGGACACUAUACCUGCAACAGCCGCCCGCGUUGAGGUGCGGGUGCCGCCGCCACCGAAGUUCAAACCGCUCCCGUACCCAUCUAGCAGGACUGGCUUGGUUUAUGAUGAUCGUAUGAGAUUUCACGCUGAGGAUGAGAGCCUCAACAUCAACCCUGAUGAUAUCCACCCAGAAGAUCCCCGCCGGAUAUAUGCGAUUUUCCAUGAAAUUCGGGAAGCUGGCUUGGUGCGAGAAUCUAUCGACUCGGACGACGAGGACGAUGUUUCUAACGACAGCAAAUGCUGGAGGAUCCAUACUCGACACGCCACGAAGGCAGAGAUUUGCCUCAUACAUACCCCUGAGCACUACCUGUUUGUCGAGGCAUUACAAAACAAAACGCCCCUGGAACUUCAAGCUCUGUAUCGCGAGAUGGACUCAAUAUACUUCAACAACUCUACAUUCGAUAGCGCUUUAUUAGCCGCAGGGGGCGCAAUCGAGGCUUGUAGAGCUGUCGUCAUGGGGCACGUUCGAAACGCUAUUGCAAUCAUACGACCACCAGGACAUCACGCAGAAAGCACGGAACCCUCGGGAUUCUGCAUAUUCAACAAUGUGCCCAUUGCUGCACGAGUAUGUCAGAAUGAUUUUCCAGAAACUUGUCGCAAGAUCAUCAUCUUAGACUGGGAUGUCCAUCACGGCAACGGUAUCCAGCAUGCCUUCUAUGACGAUCCGAACGUGCUCUACAUAUCUCUUCAUGUGUUCAAAGGUGGAUCGUUCUACCCAGGUAAUCCAGAUGCCGACCUCACAUACUGUGGCGAAGGACCUGGUCUAGGGCGCAAUGUCAAUAUUCCAUGGGAAGAUCACGGCAUGGGCGAUGCUGAAUACAUCUAUGCCUUUCAGCAGGUAGUCAUACCGAUAGUGUCGGAGUUUGACCCGGAUCUCGUUAUUAUAUCUGCGGGAUUUGAUGCUGCAGAAGGGGACGCACUGGGAGGAUGUGAGGUCACUCCUGCCGGCUACGCCCAUAUGACGCACAUGCUCAUGCGAGUUGCGCAAGGAAAGAUGGCUGUUUGUCUCGAAGGCGGCUAUAACCUAAGAUCCAUUUCCCGGUCCGCUCUUGCAGUUACCAGGACGCUCAUGUUACAACCCCCAGAUCGUCUGGCGGCUGAUCUGGACCCUAAUGAGUCUGCAGUCCGAACUGUCGAACAGGUCAAGCGAGCACAGUCAAAGUUUUGGAAAUGCAUGUACCCUAAGCAUAUCGGCCCAGCGACACCAGCCUUUUCGUCAACGACACGGUUGCACGAAGUUUUAAGAAAAUUCCAAAGCUUGAACAUGGCACAGGAACACUGUAUGGCACCUCUCCAAAUUAUCAGGGAUGAUUUGAGGGAAACAUUUGAGCACAAUGUGGUAGCUACACGAAAUUUCAUGGACAAGCACCCAUUGUUGGUUAUUUUUCACGACCCCCCAAAUCUUACUUUGUGCCCAGAUCCAGUUACCGGCAAGACAGAGCUCCACAACAUGUGGCUGGCUGAUGUUGUUGAAAAGGACUACGUCGGAUGGGCCAUUAAGAACGGUUUCGAGGUCAUUGAUGUAAACGUCCCGAAGGUAGAGCCUAUCCCAGAAGACGAUGGGGAGUACGUCCACGCGGACACCUAUGAAGAACGAGCAGAUAAGACCAAGCAGCUUGCUGCAUAUAUAUGGGAGAACUAUAUCGAGCCCCAUCAAGCGACGCAAGUAUUCUUCCUGGGCAUUGGAUCGGCGUAUAUAGGGUUGAUAGACUUGCUGGGCAACAAUGAAGCAUGCACCGAUGAUAAUGGCGUCGUUGAAGGCGUCAUUGCCUUCGUCGCAGAUACUUCUCUCCAGUCAAUCAAACGAGCGACUGACGACAGCAUCGCCGUUGCCGACUGGUACUACACACACUCCAAGCUUUUCGUCCAAAAUAACCAUCUCUGCUGGGAUCCCAACCGCGCGCGCAAGCCUCGCAAAAAAUGGGGCAAGCUAAUCCGCUCUGAGCACACUACAAUCGACGACAUGCUUGCGGAGCACAAAGAAGAAGUGCAACAGUAUCUUCUCGAGAAGAAGGAAGCGUAUGUCGACCCUGGGGACGACACCAGUGUCGAAGAAAACAUCCAGCAGCCUUUGCGAAGCCCUCCUCUACCCAUGGGCAUCCGAUCUCCCGGCAGCGUGCCUCCCACGAAGAACGGUCAUGGCGAUGCACGGAUGCCGCCGAUGGCCAUAUUCACUCUACCUAACAGUCGCAUGGGGACUCUUAGCCCGACUGCGCCAGGAAGUCCACUGAGGCAGGGUUUUGGACGAGGCUGA